AUGCCUAACUUGAUCGCGUACUGGCCCAUCGCCGCCGGCAUCGCCGCCCUCUACCUCCUCCAGCAGCUGUGGACCGAGCUCUCCCACCGGCGGCGCGCCGCGGCGCUCGGCUGCCAGCCGCCGUACCUCCGCCGGGGCUGGCUCCCGUUCAGCAUCGACCACACGUACAAGGCCAUCAGCGCGCUGCAGGACAACGAGUUCCUCAACCUCGAGGUCCGCUCGUACGAGGACCUCGGCGGCCGCACCACCUUCCACCAGGAGACGCUCGGCCGCAAGCUGCUGAUGACGUCGGAUCCGGAGAACAUCAAGGCCAUGCUCGCGACCCAGUUCAAGGAGUUUGGCCUCGGCCCGAUCCGCUACAACGUCUUGGAACCGCUCCUGGGCCUGGGCAUCUUUACGUCUGAUGGCAAGGAUUGGCAACAUUCUAGAGCAAUCUUGCGUCCUCAGUUCACACGCACCCAAAUAUCCAACCUCCACGUAGAGGAGAUUCACGUCCAGCACCUGCUCAACCGCUUCGAGCGCGGCGCCGACGGAUGGACCAAGGAGGUCAACCUCGUCCCCCUCUUCUUCAACCUGACGCUCGACUCGGCCACCGAGUUCCUCUUCGGCAAGAGCGUCAACACGCAGGUCCUCGGGGACCCGCACGCCGCGCACAAGACGCGCGGCGAGAAGCAGUCCGCCGACGACGACGACAUGGAGGACUGGUCGUCGUUCGGGCAGGCCUUUGACAGCGCCAACCGGACCAUGACGCGGCGCUUCAUCCUCAUGAACCUGUACUUCCUCUACAACCCGGCCACGUUCCGGCGAGACUGCGCCGAGGUGCGCCGCUUCGCCGACUACUACGUGCGCCGCGCCCUCGCGCGCUCCCCCGCCCGCGCCGCCGAGGAGGACGGCGACGGGCAGUACGUCUUCCUCAACGAGCUCGCUCGCGAGACGCGCGACCCGGACGCCCUGCGCAACCAGCUCCUCAACAUCCUCCUCGCCGGCCGCGACACCACCGCCGGCCUGCUCGGCUGGGCCACCCUGCGCCUCGCCCGCGAGCCCCCCGCCGCCUGGACCGCCCUGCGCGCCGCCGUCCUCGCCGACUUUGGCCCCUACUCCGCCACCGACACCUCGCGCAUCACCUUCGAGUCGCUCAAGGCGUGCGCGCCGCUGCAGCACGUGCUCUCCGAGACGCUGCGGCUGCACCCCUCGGUGCCGACCAACUUCCGGCGCGCGCUGCGCGACACCACGCUGCCGCGCGGCGGCGGCGCCGAUGGGCAAUCUCCCGUCUACGUGCGCGCGGGGUCCGAGAUUGCGUACAGCACCAACGUGAUGCACCGCCGGCCGGACGUCUGGGGCCCGGACGCGGCCGAGUUCCGCCCGGAGCGGUGGGAGGGGAAGAAGGUCGGGUGGGAGUACCUGCCGUUCAACGGCGGGCCGCGCAUCUGCCUCGGGCAGCAGUUCGCGCUGACGGAGGCGGCGUACGUGCUGGUCAGGCUGCUGCAGCGGUACGACGCGAUCGAGAACCUGGACCCGUCGCCGACGAUCAAGUCCAACCUGACGCUGACGUCGUCGCCGGUGCAGACGCUGGUGAGGCUGCACGAGGCGACGGAUGCAAUUUGA